AUGGGUCAAAGAUUGUUAGAAGAAUCAAACCAAGUUCGAUUGAAAGUUUGCUUCGCUAGUGAUGUGAUGAUAACUUUCCUGGGGUCCGACAUAUCGUAUGAUGCUUUGUGUGCAGAGAUGAGGGACAUUUGUAAAUUCGAUCAAGAUCAGCCAUUCACAAUCAAAUGGGUGGAUGAAGAAGGGGACCCUUGCACCAUAACAUCUCACAUGGAACUGGCUGAAGCAUUUCGUCUUUAUGAACUUAACAAAGAUUCGGAAAUCGUUAUUCAUGUAUUCCCAAAUGUGCCUGCUGGACCUGGCCAGCCAUGCAUCGGAGAAGACAGAAACAUGUACAGGAGAGGUGCAAGGAGGUGGAGGAAGUUGUACAGAGUCAAUGGACAUCUCUUCCAACCUAAGAGAUUUAGCAGGAAGGCAGCCUGUGUAUAUUGUGGGGAUAGGAUCUGGGGCCUGGGAAGGCAGGGCUUCAAAUGCAUCAGCUGCAAACUCCUGGUCCACAAAAAGUGCCAUAAACUUUAUAAGCACUCGUGUGGAACCUACGUACAUUUAGAUGUGUUGGAGACAAAGGGUGCAAUUGGAUUAGAUGAUUUCCAUCUACUGCGUGUGAUUGGUCGUGGGAGCUACGCCAAAGUAUUUGUGGUAGAGCAGAAAAAGACGAAACGCCUGUAUGCCAUGAAGGUUAUCAAGAAGGAGCUUGUCAACGACGAUGAGGAUAUAGAUUGGGUGCAGACGGAGAAGCACGUGUUUGAAGUGGCAUCCAACCACCCAUUCCUCGUGGGACUGCAUUCUUGUUUUCAAUCUCCUAGUCGUUUGUUCUUCAUAAUUGAGUUUGUGAACGGAGGUGACCUGAUGUACCACAUGCAGAGGCAGAGAAGACUUCCAGAAGAACACGCUCGAUUCUAUGCUGCUGAGAUCUGUCUAGCGCUUAAUUUCUUACAUGAUAAAGGCAUCAUUUAUCGAGAUCUCAAGUUAGACAAUGUACUGUUGGAUUCUGACGGGCACAUCAAACUUACUGACUAUGGAAUGUGCAAGGAGGGCUUGCGAGCAGGCGAGACCACGAGCACCUUUUGUGGCACCCCCAACUACAUUGCUCCUGAGAUUCUCAGAGGAGAAGAAUAUGGCUUCAGUGUUGAUUGGUGGGCCCUUGGUGUGCUUAUGUUCGAAAUGUUGGCUGGCCGGUCACCUUUUGAUAUUGUCGGCCAGACUGACAACCCUGAACAAAAUACAGAAGACUAUCUCUUCCAAGUCAUCUUGGAAAAACCGAUAAGAAUUCCUCGUUCUCUGUCAGUGAAGGCAGCUGGAGUGUUGAAAGGAUUCCUGAACAAGACACCAAGUGAACGUUUGGGCUGCAGCGUGCAGUACGGAUUCCAAGAGAUCCAGGUGCAUUCCUUCUUCAAAACGAUCGACUGGGACCAGUUGUACUCCAAGCAGAUCAUCCCGCCCUAUCGGCCAGCUGUCCAAUCAGAGAUGGACCUCGAACACUUUGACCCACAGUUCACUAAUGAACCUGUUCAGCUGACUCCUGAUGACUCGAAAGUGAUAUUGAAGAUAGACCAAUCUGAAUUUGAUGGCUUUGAGUACGUCAAUCCUCUUCUUAUGUCUUCUGAAGAUUGCGUCUGAGCAUGUUGGUCCAACAAAUGAGAAAUGGAGAGAGAGAGAGAGAGAGAGAGAGAGAGAGAAAGUGUUUGUUAUCUAUCUAAAUAGUGUUAUUACUUAUCUCGUUUCGUUUCAUAAUGUGUGUAUGA